GGGGGGAGCAAUCUGAGCAUGCGCAGAAGCCGCUCUAGCCUCAGGACUACGUUUCCCAGAGGCCUCUGCAUGUCGCCAAGGCACCUCCUGAACCAGAGGGAGGAGAAAACAAACGAAAUUUCCGCUUCCUUUUUCCCUCCGCAACCUCUUCUUUCACGGUCUGUCCCGUUCCGCUCCUUCUCCGCCGCCGCCGGGGCUUACGACCCUGUGUCUUGAGCCGGGCUCUGUGCUCCGGCUUUUCCCACAGAGGAGGAGGGCCGACAAGGACGGAAUGGCCUCAGCGCUCCCCCUGGCCCGGCCCCACCAGGGGUCUGUGACUUUCCAGGACGUGGCCGUGGCCUUCUCCCGGGAGGAGUGGGGGCAGCUGGGCCCAGCCCAGAAGGAGUUGUACCGGGAGGUGAUGCUGGAGAACUACCAGAACUUGGUGGGCCUGGGGCUUGCUGUCUCCAGUGCCCAUGUGGUCUGUCAGCUGGAGCAAGGGGAAGGACCAUGGGUGCCCGAGGGAGACGCCCCAGGAAGCAGCCAUGCAGGUUGGGAGACCAAGUUUUCAGCUUCAAAAUUGGGCAUUGCUAUUAAAGAAUCAUCUCAGGAAAUACUAACAAGGGUUGAUAUAUGUGUCUCCAAUUUAGGAGAAGCCUGGAAACUUAAAGCCAAUUUAGAAACUCCUCAGAGCAAUAAAGAAAAGAAUAUUCAUAAAUAUGAUAGCUACGGAGAAGGUGAAUAUAAUGAAUGUGGGAAAUCCUUCACUUAUAAUUCAAACCUUAUGGAGUAUCAGACAAUUCAUAUUAGUAAAAAGCUUUAUGAAUGUCAUGAAUGUGGAAAGGUUUUCAGUCAGAAAGCAGAAAUUAGACAACAUCAGAGAAUUCAUACUGGAGAGAAACCUCAUGAAUGCAAUGAAUGUGGCAAGGCCUUUCGCCGUAGUUCACAGCUUACUGAACAUCAGAGAAUUCACACUGGAGAAAAACCAUAUGAGUGUAAUGAAUGUGGCAAAGCAUUCCGACAGAGAUCAAAACUUACUCGACAUCAGAGAAUUCAUACUGGAGAGAAAACUCAUGUUUGUAAUGAAUGCGGGAAGGCCUUCCACCAGAGCUCAGCACUUAUUCAACAUCAAACAGUUCACACUGGAGAGAAACCUUAUGAAUGUCAAGAAUGUGGGAAGGCUUUUAGCCUGAGCACACGAUUUAUUGUACAUCAGCGAAUUCAUACUGGAGAGAAACCUUAUGAAUGCCCUGAAUGUGGAAAAGCCUUUCACCAGAGAACAGGACUCACUGAACAUCAACGAAUUCAUACUGGAGAGAGAGCUUAUAGAUGUAACAAAUGUGGGAAGACCUUCUGCCAAAGAACAGGACUUACUCAACAUCAGAGAAUUCAUACAGGAGAAAAACCUUUUGAAUGCAAGGAAUGUGGGAAAGCCUUCUGCCAGAGAACAAGGCUUACUCAGCAUCAGAGAAUUCACACAGGAGAAAAACCUUUUGAAUGCAAGGAAUGUGGGAAAGCCUUCCGAGUAAGAACGCUGCUCACUCAACAUCAGAUUAUCCACACUGGAGAGAAACCUUUUGAAUGUAAGGAAUGUGGGAAAGCCUUUCGCCUGAGCACAGGGCUGAGUGAGCACCAGAGAAUUCACACUGGAGAGAAACCUUAUGAAUGUAAUGAGUGUGGAAAGGCUUUCCGCUGGAGUGCAGGACUUAGUCGACAUCAGACAAUUCAUACUGGAGAAAAACCUUUUGAAUGUAGUGAAUGUGGGAAGGCUUUCCGUCUGAGCACAGCAUUGACAGAACAUCAGAGAAUUCACACUGGAGAGAAACCUUUUGAAUGCAAUGAAUGUGGGAAAGCCUUUCGUCUGAGCAUAGGACUUACUGAGCAUCAGAGAAAUCACACAGGAGAGAAACCGUAUGAAUGCAGUGAAUGUGGGAAGGCCUUCAGUCAGAGUACACAGCUUAAUCGACAUCAGAGAAUUCAUACUGGAGAGAAACCUUAUGAAUGCAAUGAAUGUGGGAAAGCCUUUUGCCAAAGAGCAAACCUCAUGCAACACCAGACCGUUCACACUGGUGAGAAGCCUUAUGAAUGUAAUGAAUGUGGGAAAGCUUUUAGCCAAAGCACAGCCCUUACUGGACAUCUGAGAAUUCACACUGGGGAGAAACCUUACGAAUGCAAUGAAUGUGGGAAGGCCUUCCGUCUGAGAACAGGACUUACUGAACAUCAGCGAAUCCACACUGGACAGAAACCAUAUGAAUGCAAUGAAUGUGGAAAGGCUUUCCGACUGAGCAAACAGCUUACUCAGCAUUAUAGAAUUCACACAGGAGACAGGCUUUUAGAAGGUAGAGCUUUUUGAAAGAAACAAGUUUGAGGUUUUUGGCCAGAGUGCAUUCUUUUUGCAAAAAGUAGAAACUUUAACCCAAGGGAAAUCCUGUAGAUGAAUCAAAUUCCCAUCUAAUUUCAUACAACAUACAAAAUUUUAUACAACAGCUGUUCUAGACCUUUUCCUCUGUUCACUUUCACAUUUGUAACAGAUGGACUCACUAUGGAGAAUUUUGUUUCAAUAUGAAAGGAACUCAUUAUCCUUUCUCCUGAUAAUCAGAGGAAAAUUUGCCCCUCUUCCUUCCUGAUUACACUUUUGGGUCUAUCAUCCUAUUCAUCCUUAUUCCUUUCCAAUUUCAAAUCAUUUGCCAAGUCUUGAUUUUUAUCUCUAUGACAUGUCUAGCAUCUAAUCUUUUUUCUGCUCACAUAGCCACUCACUUAGUGUAUGUCCUUUUCAUUCUUCACCUGAACUAUUGCAAUACUUCCUAGUUAAACUCUCCAUUCCCAAUCCAUUCUCUACCCAGUUUUCAAAAUAAUCAUCCAGGGGCUUGGUCUUUGCUGUUUUCCCCCACUCAAGAAUCUUCAGUGACUUCCUUUUGAUUCCAAUGCAUACUACAAACUUCUCACCCAUUUGAAGCUUUUCCUGGGCUUCUCCUUUAACUUGUCUUUCUGGGUUAUUUCAUCUUGUUUCCCCUCAUUCAUUCUGAUGUCCAAAUGAAUUGUCCAGCUUUCUGCUCCCCGAACCUUUCAUUUCAUCUUCUGCCUUUACACCUUUCUGCUGGUCUAAAAUGUUCUCUCUUCCACCUUUUACAUCUUGAAAUUCCUAACUCCUUUUAAGGUUUAAUUUAAGUGUUAUCUCCUACAUAAUACCUUUACUUGGUCAUUUCAGAUAUUGUUGCUCCAUGACGCCUGCCCCCUUACCCAAUAAUUUAGUGAAUGGAUUUUGCAGUUAGUAAUCCAUGUAUAUUUCCAUUGAGGACGGUUUUGUUUCUGUCUUGUAAUCUUCUGUACUUAAUACAAUGUCUUACAUUUAAUUGGCACUUAAUAAAUCUUUAUUGAAUUAUUUGGUUUGAUAUCCCAUUUUCCAUUAUCAGUAAGUUGUUUAAAUAGGUCAUGCUAGAGUUUUAAAAAAUUAUAUCUUUUUCUCAUUUUUAUUUUUCUGGGUUAUAUUAAUUUUGACCUUUACUUAGUCCCUGGUCAGACUGUACAAAGACAUCUGAUUCAGGAAUAACUUCCACAUCAAUAACAGGUCAUUUUUUGUGUUAAAAUAAGGUUGUGACUUUUUUGUGAUUUUUCCAGAAAGACAAAAUUUGAGACUUAGAAGGGAUUCAAAGGCUCUAAAGGAAUCCCUGCUCUAAAAUACCUAAUAAGUGGUCUUCUAGCCUCAACUUGAAGACUUCCAAUGAGGGAACUCCAAGUUCAAGACAAUCCAUUUAAUUUUUUGUUUUGUUUUGUUUUGUUGUUUAAUUGUGUUUGACCCUUCAUGACUCCAUUUGGUGUUUUCUUGACAAAGAUAUUGGAAUGGUUUGCCAUUUCUUUCUCCAUUCCACUUUAGGAUGGCUCUAGUUGUCAGAAAAUUCUUCCUGACCUCAAAUAUAAAUUCUUCCUUCACAUCACAAUCCUUUAAAUACCUGAGCACAGCUAACAUGUCCUACCAAGUUUAUUUUUCUCCAAUUCAAUCCUCCCUAUUUCUUUCAGUCUUCAUAUGUUAUAAACUCAAUGCCCUUCACCAUUCUGAUUACCUUCUUAUGAACACCUAAGAUGAGCAUUAUUUCUUAAAUCAUAAUGUCCAGAACUGAACAAUUUUCCAGAUGAGCCCUAGCCAGGGAAUAGUACGAUGGGAUGAUUCCUGUUACUGGAAGUCCUAUGACCCUCUGAAUUUCAAGAUUUCACUAGCUUUUAGGGCUGCCACAUCACACUUCUGACUUAUAUUGAGUUCACAAUCCACUCAAAACCCCAACUGUUUUUCAAACUGUUAUUCAACCAUCCACCCCAUUUUGUACUUGUAAAGGUCAGAUGAUUGGAACCAAAGUUUUAAACUUUACAUUUACCAUUACUAGAUUGUAUUUUGUUAGAUUCAGCCAAAAGUUCCAACCUAUCAACAUCUUUUUGGAUCCUGGAUUUGUCAUCCAAUAAAUUAAUGAUCCCUAAUAGCUUUGUGUCAUCUGAAAAGUUGAUGAGCAUAUUGUCUAUGCCAUUAUUCAUAUCACUGAUAAAAAUGUUAACCUUGCAUCCAUAAAAUACAAAGAUACUUUUCAUGAACUAUAAAUAAUGAAGCAAAGUCUGAAUUUGUUCCAAACACAGAUAAUGAAUUUCAAAUCAGUGAAUUACAUUAACAGACCAUGAUUUGCCCUCAUCUAAUUGAAGAAGAGACUAUGAAGUUGACCAAAUUGAUAGUUUGAGAAAUUCAGCCAGAAUAGAACUAAUCUAAUCCCCAUAGAAUGUAAAAUAUAGCCUAUAAUAUAUUAGUCUCUUCCAUAUGUUUUAAUAGAAUUUAACUUCAUAAAGGCAAAUAAAUUAAUUGCCUCAUGAUUUAGAAUUGGAACUCUUAAGCUUACAGCAUAAAUAUUUUGGGACUUUCAUCAAUUAAAUACUUUUUAGGCUCAUGAUUGGACCUACUUAGAAUAUAAGAAUCUAGUUCCUUUCCACCCUUUCCUUGGGAUAUCUUUUCAGUUUAGUGCCCUGAUUAUAAUGAGCCCUCUACCUCUAGCUUCUUAAGAAAAACAUUUUUUCUCCUGUUUGAGUUUCCUCCUCUAACAAAUCUCGUCCUGCACACUGCUUGCUUCUCUUUAUCCUGUAUUUCCAGUGUCUUGAUUUAGUUUGCUUAACUCUACUUAUUUGUUUUGAGAGUGUGAUGACUGCAUAUUUUAAAAUCAGCCGGAGUCAGGAAUUCAGGUUAGGGGGAAAUUUUCAACCUUUUAUUCUCAGUAGAGAUGAAGAAGAAUUGGAGGUCGAAGGGGAUCAGAGGUAAAAAGGAACUGAAUCAAGAAGCCAGCCAGAACAGAAGCCACAUGAUCAGCAGCCACCAGAGCAGAACCCAGCCAGCAGUCUCUCUCU